AUGAGUAUUGUUUUGGUGGACGUGAAAUUUCACGUAAUCCCAGGUGAGAGUGUAGGGGGUUAGGUGGGGUUACCUACAGGAACUACGUUCCUCGUUCCUGUACCGUUCACUGAUUAUGCUUCCGUUUAUAAGGCUCGCCAGGAUUCCGGCUUUUAUCGCUGGAAAAUUAUCCAAUUGUUGGUUUUCCUUUUCGUUCUCGUUGCGUCUAUUGCCCUGGUAGCUUCGAUGCCUUCUCCCGGUGGCGGACACCACGAACACACGCAUUUCGUUAUUCACGUGCCAGAGUUGAUUCACAAACACCAUCACACGCACGUGAAAAAGAUCCACAUAAAGCACGAUGACGGUGGCGACGAUGGACACGAGCAUGUAGAAGAAUGGUGA